GUGGCGCUUCCGACUGUGGGAGCCUCGGCUUCCCAGUCGUCCGAUGAGCCCGAGCAGCUGAGUCCCUUCCCUGUCUUUCACUCUUCUGGCAUCGGUGGUUUUACUUCUUCUUCGAUUGAACCCUGCUUCCUCGACCCCCCAGGGAGGCCGCCUCCUUCAGGCGCCUCCCUUCUCUCCACGAACUCGCUCUGACAGCUGAGGAACUGGCAAGAUCCUGCUACCCAGAGGGUGAAUGGGUAUCUUUCCUGGAAUAAUCCUAAUUUUUCUAAGGGUGAAGUUUGCAACGGCGGCCGUGAUUGUAAGCGGACACCAGAAAAGUGCCACUGUAAGCCAUGAGAUGUCUGGUCUGAAUUGGAAACCCUUCGUAUAUGGCGGCCUUGCCUCUAUUGUUGCUGAGUUUGGAACUUUCCCUGUGGACCUGACCAAAACGCGACUUCAAGUCCAAGGCCAAAGUAUUGAUGUCCGCUUCAAAGAGAUAAAAUACCGAGGAAUGUUUCAUGCCUUGUUCCGAAUCUAUAAGGAAGAAGGUGUAUUGGCUCUGUAUUCAGGAAUCGCUCCUGCUUUACUAAGACAGGCAUCAUAUGGCACCAUUAAAAUUGGCAUUUACCAGAGCUUGAAGAGAUUAUUCGUAGAACGUUUAGAAGAUGAAACUCUUUUAAUUAAUAUGAUAUGUGGGGUAGUGUCAGGAGUGAUAUCUUCCACUAUAGCCAAUCCCACCGAUGUGCUAAAGAUUCGAAUGCAGGCUCAGGGAAGCUUGUUCCAAGGCAGCAUGAUUGGCAGCUUCAUUGAUAUAUACCAACAAGAAGGUACCAGGGGUCUGUGGAGGGGUGUUGUCCCAACUGCUCAGAGGGCUGCCAUCGUUGUGGGAGUAGAGCUACCAGUCUAUGACAUUAUGAAGAAGCACUUAAUAUUGUCAGGGGUGAUGGGAGACACAAUCUUAACUCACUUUGUUUCCAGCUUUACGUGCGGCUUGGCUGGGGCUCUGGCUUCCAAUCCAGUUGAUGUGGUUCGAACUCGCAUGAUGAACCAGAGGGCAAUUGUGGGACAUGUGGACCUCUACAAGGGCACUUUGGAUGGUAUUUUAAAGAUGUGGAAACAUGAGGGCUUUUUUGCACUCUAUAAAGGAUUUUGGCCAAACUGGCUUCGACUUGGACCCUGGAACAUCAUUUUUUUUAUUACAUACGAGCAGCUCAAGAGGCUUCAAAUCUAAGGACUGAAUUAUAUGUGAGUCAAGCCCUGCCAACCUUUCUACUCUUCUUUUCCCUUUUUCUGUGUUCUAAUGUAUUUUGACAAAGUUGUAAGUGUUUACUGAACCACUGGUCUCCCAAGGCCCUCCUGAUGGAAGAACGAUAGGAUGUUUCAAAAUUGCUCAUGUGUUUGUGUUGCCAUGUGAACUUUUCCCUGAGAGGAAGUAUUAACAUUGAGACUCUGGCCCCAGAUUGGUAUCUUCUGUGAAGAUGGAUACUGAUAGAUGACACUCAAAAUGACCUUCUCUUCAAAUGUGGGUUAAAUGUAGUUUGUUAGCCCCAGACUUGGGCUAGAGCAGAAGGCAUAGGCCAGGGCAAUUACUGCUAUUUAUGUUACAGACCUCGGUUCUCAUUAAAGUAUUUA